AUGUGCGCCCCUUGCAAUGCUCGAUGUGCUUUUCACCCAACACGCGCUCCUAUUCCCUGCCAUAGCUCCCAACCAACAUCUUUCCUCUCUCCGUUCUCCCGACGCCUUUCUCUCCUCGCAAACCCCAUUCGCGGUCUUACAACGGCGUCUUAUUCGGCUCCCCCGGCAACCUCGGAAACGCCCGUGGCGUUGCCUCCACUUUUCUUACGGCCACAAUACACUUGUUCCUUCCGUCAACCUUCCGCCUGUUCCCCCUGUACCUGCAUCCACUCCCACGGCCACGCCUCGCGCACACCUUCCAACUUCCCGCCCAGCCUUCUGAUGGCCUCUUUCGCAGCGGCGAUCUCCUCAGAGCCCGCGCCCACGCUCUUCUGCGCGAAUAACGCGCCCCCCACCUUUGCCAGCGGCACGCACAGUUCGCAGCAACGCGCGUUUCAGCCAACGACCGUGCCACAACCGCGUCAUACCGCCCCCGAUGCAUCUUACUCUGCCCAACCUCCUCUGCCCUCCCCCACACCGACGUGA